AUGGAGGCGGUGGCGGAGGGUCUAUGGGGACUCGCGGAGUACCACGAGAAGAGAGGAGAAAUUGGGAAAGCAGUGAAGUGCCUCGAAGCCAUAUGCCAAAGCGAAGUGUCGUUUUUCCCAAUAGUUGAGGUCAAGACUCGUCUUCGCAUUGCCACACUUCUUCUGCACCAUUCGCACAACGUGAACCACGCCAAGUCUCACCUCGAACGUUCCCAAUUGCUUUUGAAGUCCCUUCCGUCUUGCUUCGAAUUGAAGUGCCGAGCGUACAGCUUGCUCAGCCAGUGUUACCAUCUCGUCGGAGCUAUUCCACCGCAGAAACAGGUCUUGCACAAGGGACUUGAGCUCACUGCAUCUGUUGGAUACGAGAUUUCAAUGAAGUUGUGGUGUUGCAACUUCAAUUCACAGCUUGCAAAUGCUUUAUCGAUUGAAGGAGACUACCAGGGUUCAAUCUCUGCCUUAGAGUGUGGAUAUAUAUGUGCUACUGAAGUAUGCUUCCCGGAGUUGCAGAUGUUUUUUGCCACUUCUAUAUUGCAUGUCCGACUCAUGCAAUGGGAUGAUGAUAAUUUGGUUGAGCAAGCUGUUAAUAAAUGCAACGUGAUUUGGGAGUCAAUUGAUCUAGAUAAACGACGACAAUGCCCUGGCUUGCUAUUUUAUAAUGAGUUACUGCACAUAUUCUACCGAUUGCGACUAUGUGAUUACAAGAAUGCUGCACCCCAUGUAGACAAUCUGGAUGCUGCCAUGAAGUUUGAUAUGCAGCAAACACAGCAUAUACAAGAACUAGUCAAGGAGCUCAAUGUUCUAGAUCAAAGUCUCUCUCGAUCUGAUCUUCACUAUAGGGAUAGGACAGCAUUAUCUAAAAAGCAAACAAUGAUUCAGGAGCAACUGAGUAGCAUGACUGGGUUGACUUCAAUUGGGCAGGAAUCACUGCAACCAGUAUAUUUUGGGAAUGUGAGAAGAACCAUAGGAGAUAAGCUUCAGUUAGCACCUCCUCCUAUUGAUGGUGAAUGGCUUCCUAAAAGUGCAGUGUAUGCAUUAGUUGAUCUAAUAGUUGUUGUAUUUGGGCGUCCAAAAGGACUUUUUAAGGAGUGUGCAAAACGCAUACAGUCUGGGAUGCGAUUAAUACAAGAUGAGUUAGUGAAGCUUGGAAUUACUGAUGGUGUUAGAGAAGUGGAUUUACAACACUCUUCUAUCUGGAUGGCUGGUGUGUACUUAAUGCUAUUAAUUCAGUUUCUUGAAAACAAAGUGGCUAUAGAACUCACACGAGCAGAAUUUGUCGAAGCACAGGAGGCUUUGGUACAGAUGAGAAAUUGGUUCAUGCGGUUUCCAACCAUUUUACAGGCAUGUGAAUGCAUCAUUGAGAUGCUUAGAGGCCAAUAUGCUCAUUCAGUUGGCUGUUACAACGAAGCUGCUUUUCAUUUUAUUGAAGCAGUGAAGCUUACAGACAGCAAAUCAAUGCAAGCUAUGUGCCAAGUUUAUGCUGCUGUCUCUUACAUCUGCAUUGGUGAUGCAGAAUCUUCUUCACAGGCACUUGAUUUGAUCGGGCCAGUUUAUGGAGUAAUGGAUUCUUUUGUAGGAGUUAGAGAAAAGACAGGUGUUCUUUUUGCUUAUGGUCUUUUAUUGAUGAAGCAACAGGAUCUACAAGAAGCAAGAAAUCGCCUGGCAAGGGGAUUGCAGCUGACGCAUACAUAUUUAGGGAACCUACAACUUGUUUCACAAUAUUUGACAAUCCUUGGCAGUUUGGCUCUUGCAUUACGUGACACUGUACAAGCCAGGGAGAUAUUGAGAUCUUCUUUGACUUUAGCAAAGAAACUUUAUGAUAUUCCUACUCAGAUUUGGGUGCUAUCUGUUUUGACAGCUUUGUAUAAAGAAUUAGGUGAAAGGGGAAACGAAAUGGACAAUACUGAGUAUCAGACAAAAAAAUCAGAAGAUUUGCAGAGGAGACUCGCCGAUGCACAUGCAUCCAUUUAUCAUAUUGAAAUAAUUGACAAAAGAAGAAUCCAAGUUCACCAAUUAAACGAUUUGGACAUCAAGCGAGCAAUGGCAGACCCAACUAUGGGAGUCAAUCUUGAUAUCCCAGAAUCUAUUGGUCUGUCAUCGGCCUUGCCUGCUCCAUCAUCAUCAAGGCUUGUUGAUAUAGACACCAGAAGACGUGGAAAACGGAGAAUAUAA